CCGUGUAUUGUCCUGUCUGUGUUGUUUCUCAUUCACACACAGAAUCCCUGUUCACCUCCCUCCUUGGGAACAGCUCCAGCCAUGCAGAGGGUUCUGGGCUCCGCUGGUUUAGAAAUAGGCAGGGGUUUAACUCCAGAGGUGGGGGUGCGUCAGCAAGGCCCCCAGAGGGCACAGAUCCUAGGAACUCCUAGUUAGGGUGUCACAAUUCUCCCCAGCUCCCCCAGACAUCUGCCUUCCACAAAGGGGCUCAGUGACCAUGUUCCUGUCCUCUUGGAUUCCAUGUUCCCCAGCACAACGCAGGGACAGGUUCCUCCCACAGAAUGUCCUUUCUGACAGAUGCUCUCUCAGUCCUCCACACACCCUGAUCUGGUCUGAUUUCACCACCUGCACAGGAUUCCCCCUUCCCAAACCUGACCUAAUCAGCCGGCUGGAACGAGGGGAAGAGCCGUGGGUGCCCGAUCUCCAGGCCUGCGAGGAAAGAGAGAUCUCAAGAGGUGCCCACACAGGGAUGGAUAAGCGCACUAAGAAGAAGCAACUAUCCGGGUGGGAUAGAAAGAAGAUGAAGGAAGAUGCAAAUCGAGUACAAGAAUCAUCAAAAUAUGUGAGGUUGGAGACCUACUUUUCAUUCGACACACCCACAACGUCUUUUGUAUCAGAGGUGGAACAUUCUGAAGACUUGCUACCUACCUUCAGCCAAGGAGGUGAAGACGGUGCCCCAGCCGUUGCGGCUUCACCAGAGAUAAAACCCUCUGAAGACUUGCUAGUACCUACUUUCAAUCUAGGAGCUGAUUACAGCAUCCGGGCCGCUGCGCCUGAACAGGUAGUGGAAGUGGAGUUCUCAGAAGACCUGAUUACUUCAGCAGACUAUCAUGCAGAGGACAAGAAUGACACAGUAAGAUUCCGUGCUAUCGUUGACACACAUAGGGAAUACCCAACAGAUCCAUACUUGUUUUGUGACACACCUGUAACACCUGAUCUAAUACGUGCUCUGCUUGAGUUAGGCCCUUGUCAGCCAGGACUUAAAGAUAAUUUUGACAAUUUUCCAAAAGAUGAAGCUGGGCGUCAUUUCAGAGCUACUUGGUACAAACAAAAACAAGUGAAAAGUGCUUGUACAAUUGACCGGCACUGGCUGGUUUACUCACCAAGAGCAAAUAUUAUGAUUUGUUUUGCUUGUUGGCUUUUUGCAAAUCGGUCGAAUGCUUGGAGCGAUCCAAAAACUGGUUGCAAGAAAUUUGCUACAGGUACGCAGAAAAUUGAAAAACAUGAAAAAAGUGAAAGUCACAAAAAAGCAGAGAAAGAACUUUUCCUUACCAAAUUCCAUUUGUUCAACGAUAGAACAAUCUUGGCUUGUCUAACAGCAGAAAGGAAAGAGAUAGAAAAUAAUAGGAUGAUUUUACGAUGUAUUAUAGAUGCAGUUCUCUUUUUGGGAAUUCAGGGAUUGGCAUUCCGUGGUCAUCGCGAGUAUCGAGGUUUAAGUUCUCCAACUACAAAUGAAGGCAAUUUUUUGGCACUUAUUAAGCUGUUGGCUAAAAGUGAUACAUUACUGGAACAACAUUUAUUACGGAGUGAUCGAAAUGCAACAUAUCUCAGUCCUGACAUACAAAAUGAUCUGAUAAAGUCCUUAGCAGCCGAGCUUCUCUCAAAGAUAGUAGCUGAAAUCAAAGUAGCUAAGUACUUUGCCCUAAUUGUUGACUCUACUAUUGAUAUCAGCAGAACUGAUCAAUUUUCUUUAUCCUUACGAUAUGUAACAGUAAACGGUGAUGCAGUGGAACGAUUUAUACAGUUCAGUGAAUUACCUGGAGCAAGUGCUGAAGAUUUUUUCAACGUUCUUCUUUCAGCAAUCAAAAACUUGGGGCUGUCAAUAACUAUGUGUUACGGUCAGUCUUACGAUGGAGCAAGCACCAUGUCGGGUGAAAUAUCAAGUCUCCAAACUAGGAUACGGGCAAUUGCUCCAAAUGCACUCUUUAUGCACUGCUGUGCACAUGAUUUUAAUUUAAUUCUGAUUGAUGCAUUAAGCUCCAAUAUUCAAACUCGGUUGUUUUUUGGAACUCUAGAAAGUCUGUUUACUUUUUUUUCUGGCAGUUUACCUCAUCUUUCAGUAUUAAAGGAAGAACAAUGCAAUCUUAUUGAAUCUUUUGCAUUAACUCUAAAGAAACUUUGUGAUACCAGAUGGGCGUCUAGAAAGUCAGCGGUAGAGGCAGUCUUGCAAAAUUUACCAGCACUAGUAAUUGCCCUGCAAACAAUUGUGGAUGGUGAGAUAAAAACCUGUACUCCUAAACAGCUCAGUGAGGCAAAGGGUAUUCUGGCAACACUCGAUACUUACGAAUUCUUAGUUUUUCUUAUAUUCUGGAGUAAAGUGCUAGAGAAGGCUUUCUGUUUGUCCACCUAUUUACAGAAAAGUAGUCUAGAUCUGGUAACAGCUUCUCAUUUGAUUCAGAUUUUUGAAAAUGAUAUGAAAAACAUUCAAAGUGAAUUUGAAUCUGAAUUCAAACAGAUUGAGAAUGAAGCAACCGAGUUGGCUCGAAAAUGUGGUAUUACUACGGACUAUAAGCAACACAGAAUACGUAAGAGAAAAAGAUUCCAUGAGGAAAUUGCAGAGGAUGAAGGAGGACUAUUUGAUGCCCGGGAGAAAUUCAUAGUUGAAUCCUACUUAGUGUCCUUAGAUUCUGUUAUAAAUAACACAAGUAAAAGAUUCGAGCAUUUUAAAGCUGUGGCUGCCAAAUUUAGUGGGUUAGAUCCAAAGCAUUUUGACAACGCAGAUAAUGUGAACAAAUUAGAAUUUUUGGCAGACAUGUACUCAGAUGUGAUUGACAGUCAAUCCGCAAUUGUGGAAGAGUUUCUUAGCUUUAAAGACAUGUACAAAGAUAUAAUGAUCACUAGCGGUAGGGUAAAGUCAGGUGUCGACGAGAACCUCACCAUCAACAGUGUGCUGAAAUUCAUGAUCGCCAAUGAUAUGUGUUCCAUUUAUCCUAACCUUUCGAGAUUGUACCACAUUUUUCUGACGUUGCCAAUAAGUAGCGCAGUGGCGGAAAGACCCUUUAGCCGACUCAAACUGAUAAAGUCCUACCUGCGCUCUACAAUGAGUGAAGAUAGAUUGUCUAGGUUAGCUUUGCUCGCCACUGAAAGACAAUUGGCUACUGAAGUAGAUUAUAAUAAAGUGAUAGAUAACUUUGCUAGAAUGAAGCUUAGACGAAAGAAGCUGUUAUAGUUGCUUCAUAUUGUUUUGAUCUUAUCUUUGAAAUAUAAAAUAAGUAAAUAACGUGUUUUUAUUAUGUUUUGAUUUUAUAUACAAUAUAAAUAGAUGUCAUGCUGUAAAACUUUUUCUAUUUUAAAUGCAAAAUAAUACAUGUAAAACAAUAUCGUUAUUAUCUUUUUAUUUUAAGUACAAAAUAAAUAUGUAUAGUGGAUUUUAAAGUAUGUAAUUAGUAAUUCAAUAUGUCAGGUGGCACCUUUUUUUAUGUGUUCGCUCCCUCUGAUGUUAGAACCUGACUACGCCGCUGGUUAGACUGUG